AAUUCCUUGUACUGCUACAGAAACAAAGUAGCCGGGGUCCUUCAGAGAUAGUUGUCUCACAAUUUUUAGAGAAUCGAAAAUUCCCCAACAAGAAGGAAAAUGGUUAAGGAUUACUAUGCCAUUCUGAACAUUCCCGAGAACUCAUCUCCACAGGAAAUUUUGGAGGCCUACAAAGUGUACGCCACAAAAUCUCAUCCGCAAAAUCCAUCCGAAGAUGUAGGCCAUCUGCCGGAAUUAAGCAAAUCAAAAAUUUGGCAAUUGGUGAACGAGGCUUACGAUGUUCUCAGCAAUCCAGAAACAAAAGACAUAUUUGACCGUUACGGUGAAGAUGGUCUGUUAUCCGGCACCACCUAUCACGAACCGUAUGUGUAUCGCGGAGAUCCAAUGAAAACUUACAAUGACACCUUCGCCUUCGAGAGUCCAAAGACCAAAGACGCAAACCUGGAAAUUACUCUGCCAUUGGACAUAACAGAAGUGUAUCACGGAACUGUUAAAGUCGUGCAAAUACUACGCCGUAAUUACGAUGCCAUUCGAAAGAAAUCUGUGCUGCAAGAGCACAGAUUGAUUAUUCCGAUACAGCCGGGAGUGACGACUGGAACAAAGUAUUUGUUUCGCGAAGAGGGCGAUCAAGGUCCGGAUGCAAUUCCAGCGGAUGUUAUUUUCAAAGUAAAAGACAUGGAGAAUGGGACCUACCGAAGGGAUGGUUCCGAUUUGCAUAUGAACUGUCCGAUUGAGCUUAUUGAUGCGUUGUGCGGCUUUCGACAACCGGUGCCCAUUCGCACCUUAGAUGAUCGGACGUUUAACAUAAUGCUAACUGGAGUGGUUGGGCCAAGUUAUGUGAAACAAAUACCGAAUGAGGGCCUACCGAUGGAAGAUAAUUGUGAAAAGAGAGGAGAUCUGUACAUUCACUUCAAUAUUAAGUUUCCUGCUGAAAUUCCAGUACCAGUGAAAAAAGAGCUAAGAAAACUACUCGAACAAUUGCCACAGUAAUCAUCAAAGAGAAAGACGCCGCCUUUUUGCUCAAAAUUUUAAUUUUAAUUUUUCAUUUUAACAAUUCAUUCGUUUAUGCUGUGAUCAAAUUCAUGUUUUGUGCAAUAAUUCAUGAGCUCGUAGAGUCGUUUUCUUC